AUGUAUGCUCCGUCAAUCUACUACUUCCACAGAGUGAUCAAUUCCAAGAAAAUCCAUCCAAGAGGCGACAACGUUGUUCACAUCACACUUUCACCUGUCAACUCCCUCGUCAAACCCCAAGCAAGCAUCCUGCUCUCGAGGUGCUGCGCCCUGACCACUGUGAUUUAUUCCAGCGAAACUGCCCAGGUGAAAGCCUUGUGUAAGACCACGACCAAGAGCUCAACGAAUGUCUUGUCUAGGCCAUGGGCUAAACGUGUCUUACAGAUUACUGGGAAGGACGCACGCAUUCGAGACCGUGACGAGAACAUGCGACUUGGACACGUCCCGUAG